AUGCCUUACAAUGUCAAGCAUGUCAAGCACUUUGAGAAAGAUAGCAGCGAGUCUUUGGAGGAAUUUAUCCAAGAAGCCGUUCCGGUCUUCAAAGAGGGAUGGCUUGGAAAGAGGAAAGGAAAGGAGAACAAAACCUUCUGGGUUGAAGUUAUAAAUGGACAACUCAAAGUAUAUAAAUCAAAUAAGAAGGAUAAGUUAGUAGGAUCGAUAGAGAUAUUUGGUAGUAUCCUUUAUGAUAAAGAUAUUAGUUUGACUGAGUUUGGAAUCAAGUCCAACGAGUUGAAGGAUAGAUGGACUUUUGUUGGCUCAGAGAGUACCGAGAUUGAAGAGUGGAAAUCAACUUUGUUGGGUGCAGGUGCUAUUUCUAUUAAGGUGGACGAGAUUGCAAAGAAGAAGAUCUAUCUGACAGCUCAAAGAAAGAAGUUAUCCAAACUGAAGCAGGAGGAGGAAUAUAUCAACCAAGAAAAGUCCAAACGAACUAAUGGACUAUCAGUUGAUGGUGCAUCUCUUCAAACGGGAGAGAGUAUAUUUGACGAAGAACUACUUAGAAUGCACUGGGACAUCGUCCCGAUUGUAAUAAGAGAUUCCCAUGACAACGAUGUCAAGGAGUUGAAACAAUAUAGUUUCAAGAUCAAGGUAUCCAUUGGCGACUUCCAUUGGAGUAUUAAUAGGUCAUAUAGUAUGGUUGAGAAGUAUAUCAAGAAUGUAAAGACACUACUACCAGUUAACGGUUGUUUGGAGGAGAAUGUUGAAGAUAAGAAUCAUGCAAACGCCUAUGAUGUCCAAACAAACAUGAACACAUUUGUAAAGAUCAUCGUUGGCAAUAGAGAAUGGAUCAUUAGAGAUAAGAAGUAUAGAAAAGGAUUCAUCAAGUUCAUUGCACCACUUCAAUGGCAAGAUGAGAAACCAGAUGGUUUCGUACUACCCUUCAGUCUAUAA